AUGACUUAUCAUCUGCGAACCGUCGAUGGUCACCUAUGUGCAACAUUCCAAGAAGCAGCAUUAAAAUUAGGCUUACUUGAAGAAGAUGAUUCCAUUAUCGAGUGCAUGGAAGAGGCAUCUGGUGUUGAGAUGCCAAGUGCAUUGCGCCGUUUGUUCACGACAAUCUUAAUAUUUUGUAAGCCUAGCAACCCUCUAGCCUUGUGGCACCAGUUCUACAGUAGCCUAUCUGAGGACUUCGCGCGGAAGUUCUCACACGAAAAGGCUAAAAUUGCGCUACUAACUAUAAAAGCAGUUGAACAGCUCCUUGAAGAUAUGGGCAAAACUUUGGAAGAUUUUGAUCUGCAUGGUUUGAAGGGGUCUGAAAGUGAUGAGAUCAGAAGAACUAAAGAUAUUGUUGAUGCACUUGAUGCACCAAUACCAGAGGAGUACAAAGAAGCACGCGUGCAUUUGAAUUGCAAGCAACAGGAGGCAUUUAAUUCUAUUAUGGAACACAUUCGAAGGGGGGAAGCUGCCACCUUCUUUGUAGACGGCCCGGGAGGAACGGGCAAGACGUACCUUUAUCAAGCACUGUAUGCAGAAGUACGUUUGAUGAACAAAAUUGUACUACCUGUAGCAACGUCAGGUAUUGCUGCAGCAAACAUAGUCACUGGACGAACUGCUCAUUCACGGUUUAAAAUACCUCUUGAUCAUACUGUUUCGAAGGCUUGCAACGUGUCCAAGCAAAGCGGACUUGCAGCGCUUAUAAAAGAAACUUCGUUAAUCAUUUGGGAUGAGUCUUCAAUGGCUCGGAAGGAAAACAUAGAAUCGCUGGACCUGCUGUUGCGAGACUUAUGUGAUCCCAAUGUUUCAUUUGGAGGAAAAGUUGUUGUCUUUGGUGGUGAUUUCCGUCAAGUUUUGCCUGUCGUGCCACAAAAAACUCAAAAUGAAGCUGUUGAAGCUAGCCUUGUGUCAUCUGCAUUGUGGUCCACAUUUACGCGCUUUAGCCUCACCGAAAAUAUGCGUGCACGAGAAGAUCAGGCAUUCUCUGAAUUCUUACUUGAUCUUGGGAAUGGAUCGCUUCAAACUGCUGAAGUUGCAUCUAUUCGAAUACCGCCACAGAUUGUUCUUCCAUUUGAUGCGAAUCCCAAUUGUGUGGAUGAGCUUGUAAAAAGCGUCUUCCCAGAGAUCAGUGUAGGUCCAUUUCCUGACAAUUUCUUUACAGAUCGAGCUGUUUUAACUCCUAUGAAUGAAGAUGUUGAUGGAGUGAACAAUGAUCUGAUAGCCAAGUUUCCUGGAGAGUCAGUUGUCUACAAGAGUUUUGAUAUGAUUCUUGAUGAUGCUUGCAACAUGUAUCCAACAGAGUUCCUAAACACCCUCUGUCCAGGCGGUAUGAGUCCGCAUGAAUUAGUCUUGAAAGAAAACAGCCCGGUUAUUCUACUGCGAAACCUUGCUCCAGCUGCUGGUUUGUGCAAUGGUACACGAUUGAUUUGUAAGCGCUUUCUUCCAAACAUUAUUGAAUGUGUGAUAAUCACUGGUCAUCACAAAGGUGAGUAUGUGUUCUUGCCCCGCAUCAAUCUCAGGCCAUCCAUAUCAGCUAACUACCCUUUCCAAUUCCAAAGAAAACAGUUUCCUAUAAAGCUCAGUUUUGCAAUGACUAUUAACAAGUCACAAGGACAAACACUAGAUCAGGUUGGCUUGUAUCUGCAUCGACCUUGUUUUUCUCACGGUCAGCUGUAUGUAGGCUUGUCUCGUGCACGGAAAUCAAGUAAAGUUAAGGUGCUGUCCAGCCUAUCUCCACAGGUCCAAGCUACCACUGUUAAGAAUGUUGUUUCUUUUAAAGUGCUAGAAAAAGCGGGCAUUAUAUAA